AUGGGAAUGACAGAGGAGGCGGAGGAAGAAACAAAAGAAGACGAAAACGGGGAAGGGGAAGCUGAUUUUUUGGAUGAUGGUACAACUGAUGAGCCCGAUGAAUUUAUUCACCAUCAACACCACCAUCAUUUAUUAACCGUAACGAAAAAGGCAUUUUUGGCUUUGGGAGAUGUUGCCUGUUCUUCCCUACAGCAAAAUGUUGAUUCCGCUGAUGGCUUAACGUGCACGCUGAUCCCACCUCAGGAAAUUGUUAUGCUCGUACAGAGUUUUGAGAAGGUGGGAGUUAGACAUCACGCGCUUCUCUAUGAAGUUGUUCCGUUGGUGCGAGACAUGUCUGGGUCCAUGGAGCCGCUGGAGCUUUCUUUAUUACUUAAUGCCUUUGCACGUCUUGGUGCAUGGAAUGGGCGCGUUUUAAAUACGCUGGCUAGUAGUGUUGCGGCGCAAAUAAAGACAUGUAGCCUUAAGCAGUGUCAGUCCAUCUUGCAGGCUCUCCAGUCCUCCGGGUUUCUUCGCCCUGGUGCCUUCUUGUCAACGACGGAGUACAAAACAACUCUGUUGCGGGAUUGGCGUCCUGCGUGCACUCCCACAACACAGGCGUCUAUCGAUCCGCUUGUGGUGCUCGCGACAAGCGUUGUGGAACGCAUGACAACACUCGUUGAGCGACCCGAGUCUGUUUCUGCCAUGUUGGAGUCUCAGAGUCUGGAGGAUGUCGCCGCGGUUGUCCGGGUUUUGGGCUUUUUUGUCCAACCGCCACAACCGGCCUUUGACACGUACUUUGAGAUGGCGAUGAAGAAGCUUGUACUGGACAGCAAAGAUAUCAUGGAUGACAGUUCACCACUUAGGCAGAGGAAGUGGUUGAUGGUUGUCCUUUUUCUCAAAGGGCACUUGGGUAAACUGCGGCGGUAUCACCGGCAAUGCAUCUCUGCUCAGGCGAUGGCGGAUUCCAUCACUGCUCAUGAGACGACUUUGCUUUCACUGACACCGGGACUGCGUCUGAUGGCGGAGGAAAAGGUGGCGGACCUCUAUUACACAUGCUGUGUCUUUGCCAUGGUGUAUAAUGUCAAAUUUUCCCCUGAGGCAGCUUCGACUAUUUUGAAGGUUAUUUCCGAGAAACUGCAGGAGGAGGAUGUUGCCCGAAACCCUCGGCGUGUCAGCAGCGCACUGCGACAUUUGACAAAACUAUCGUCUAAACACAUCGGCGCUCCAGGUAUUGUCCAUAAAAUUGCGUUGGACUCGGCGUGGCACCUUGUUGCGCAGCUGCAAGGAAAUGCAGCUGAGGAAAGGAAUUGCAGUUCGCCUGAAUGCUCAUCAUCGGCGGCUGCGGUGAUGUUGGAGGUUCUAUGCAUGAGCCAUCUUUUGGCUCUUCCAUAUUUGGUGGAAGAAAAACAAAAAUUGCAGCAGGUGUUGUUUUUCUUUUCAAAUCACCUGCGAAAGAAUGAUAUUUCAAGACUUUCUGCAGCAGAAUGUUCUAUCCUUGUUUUGUCUACUGCUGUGGGAACGGCUAUGCAAAUUUGUUGUCAAGUGAACGUGGCAUGGCUGGACGAGGUACAGCAUGGCAUUCUCUUGAAGGAGAAACAUCUGUCCGUUCACGAUGCGGUGAAUAUUCUUCUUGCUGAGGCCCUGUGCUGUGAUGAGAGUAUUGUGCAGGCGGAGACAGUACGGUGUGCCUCGCGUGUGCUAGUGGGUCAGAUGGGUAAAACAGAUUGGACAGGAUUGCGGUUACUACCGGAGCUUUAUCGUCUUGCGACAGCUGGGGACGCCUGCUUCAUGGCGUGGUGCAAACGACUCCAGCAGGUGGCUGGGGACGACACCACUGCGCCUGUUGCUGGCGGCGUCUUGGAGGUCUUUGAACGAGUCAUGCCGGCACUACUGCGGGCUUUGCGCUCUGCCGAAAAGGGCACCACACCGACGUUAUGUUGGCAGUGCCGGGUAGAUGUGGCUGAGCAAUACCAGCGGUGUGCAGAGACGUGUGGGGACGAACGGGGGCUGGCCGAUGCCCUUGCAGAACUUGUGAAGAAGGAGACAUGUGCUUCCUCAUAA